AGGGUUUAGAAAAGUGAGAAAGUCAUGUUUAUGAGUCUGUUGUUUCUGUCAACCUUCUUGGCAUUCAAUCCAGCCACAAUUACAAAUUCCAGUCGAUUAGACGAUGGGAGGAGUGAGUUGCAAAACGGAAAGUUUCUUCGACUCCCAAUAUCGCAGAGACAGUCUGGCAAAUCCUGUGACAAUUUGGCGGGCAAUUUCGACGAAGACUCGGAAUCUCAGCCGGAAAUCAGCACUUUCAUGCACCCGUUUUAUGCGAGGAUUGAAGGCGAUUUGAGUCGCUCCAACUCCGACAAUGGAGGCGAAGGAGAAUCUGUCUUCAGAUACGUUUUAUCUGCUGGUGCCCUCAUUUCCAACAGGUCCUGGUCCUCCCCAGUGGAAAGCUUCUCCAAGGUUUUCACUGGGGUGUGA